GGUUUAUAGUUAACUCCUCUUGUCUUCUUCGAACGGCCUCCGCAUUUUCUCGACACGAGCGGAAAAUUUUGAUCGAAAGGAGAGAGAGAGAGUUAAGAUCUAGAGAGAAAAAAGGAGAAAGAUGGAGAGAAGACAAGUGAGGAGUUCGAAGAUCCAUGUCUUUGUAUUGGUUGGUCUGAUACUAAUGAGCUCGAUCGAGCGAAUCUCGUCGCUAUCGGUUACGGUUAGCGACGAUGAAUGCGUCCAAGAGUAUGUCCUUUACGAAGGAGAUAACGUCUCUGGGAAUUUCGUCGUCGUUGACCAUGAUAUCUUCUGGGGAUCUGAUCAUCCCGGUUUGGAUUUCACGGUGACAUCUCCUGCUGGGAACAUAGUACAUACGUUGAAAGGAACAUCAGGAGAUAAGUUUGAGUUUAAGGCACCAAGAAGUGGAAUGUACAAGUUUUGUUUCCACAACCCUUACUCCACUCCUGAGACUGUCUCCUUCUACAUUCAUGUUGGUCAUAUCCCCAACGAGCAUGACUUGGCUAAAGACGAACAUUUGGACCCAGUGAAUGUUAAGAUAGCUGAGCUGAGAGAGGCUUUGGAGUCUGUUGUUGCUGAGCAAAAGUAUUUGAAAGCACGUGAUACCCGUCACCGUCAUACUAAUGAGAGCACGAGAAAGCGUGUGAUUUUCUAUACAGUAGGAGAGUACAUAUUCCUAGCAGCAGCAAGUGGUCUUCAGGUUCUAUACAUCCGCAAGCUUUUCAGCAAGUCUGUUGCUUACAACAGGGUUUGAACAUAAUUGCAUGGUUUUCUGUCCCUUUUUUUUAUUAUUAUGUUUGAAUUGGUGAACACACAAUCAUAAACAAGUGUUAGUUAAUUAAAACAUUAAUAGCUAAAGACCCUCCUUUUUUUUGUUUUCAUUGUCUACAAAUUUUGAUUGGCUUAAGUUAUUUUUUAUCAUGCAGAACUUGAUAAGCUUAGUAUUCCGGUUAAUUG